GCCCCUCCUGAACAGCUCUUCUCGACCAGCGGUGGUUGGAAUGGAGGAUGAUAGGGGGUUGGAGAACCUUGGAUUCCAGGGUUCUAGCACCUCCUUGAUUCAUGAACCAAUCACAUCUAGCCUGGAUGAGAGACAAAAGACCCUGGUGAGGAAUACAUGGAAGACACUGGAAAAGAAGGCAGAACUACAUGGUUCCAUGAUGUUUGCUAAAUUGACGUCCGAUCACCCGGAUAUUGGAAAGUUGUUUUCUUUCGGUGGAAAGAAUCUGUCGUAUGGAGAACUCCUUGUUGAUCCCGAUGUCAGAGCUCAUGGUAUGAGGGUCAUUGAUACAUUAGGAUCGGUGGUCGAAGACCUUGACGACAUGGAACUCGUCGUCCAAAUACUCGAAGACCUCGGCCAGAGGCAUAAUUCUUACAAUGCUAAGAAGACACAUAUCAAGGCGGUUGGUGAAGCUCUUCUAUUCACCCUAGAACAGGCCAUAGGAGCAGGUUUCACAUCUGAUGUGAAAGCAGCAUGGACCGCCGUCUUCAACAUCGUGGCUGAUACGAUGUCAACGAAGCUUUCCGAUGGACCGCUUACGACCAGAGAACAGGAUAUUGUAAGGAAGACCUGGGGAGUGCUAUCUCUAGACAUGGAGCAACACGGAGCAGCCAUGUUCGCAAAACUCAUAUCUGUUCACCCAGUAGUUGCUCACCUGUUUCCGUUCGGUGAGAAUCUUUCCUACAGUCAGCUCGUUGAGAACCAGACUCUGAGAGCUCAUGGGAGGAAGGUGAUGGAGACCAUCGGCCAGGCAGUCGGGGCCCUCGAUGAUCUUGACAUCCUGGUGCCCAUUCUUCGUGAUUUGGCCAGAAGACACAUCGGGUACAGUGUCACCAGACAGCAUUUCCAGCCAGUCGGUGAAGCAUUAAUGCAUGCCAUCCGUGAGGGACUUGGUAGGUCUUUCAGCGAAGAAGUGAAAGGGGCAUGGCUGGCCGUGUUCCAACUCGUAGUUGAUACAAUGUCCGACAUGCUUCCGGAGGGCUCAAAGGAGAUCGUUUCCCCGACACAAAAGCGCCUGAUACAGGAGUCAUGGAAGAAGUUGUCCAGGGAUCCAGAGAGACAUGGGUCGGUUAUGUUUGCCAAAUUAGCAACUUCUUAUCCUGAGGUUGGCAAAGUCUUUUCGUUUGGCGGGAAAGGGUUGACUUAUGAGCAGCUGCUACAAAAUCAGGACGUCAAAGCACAUGGAAGACGCGUCUUCGAAACUGUUGGUCAUGCAGUCAAUGGCCUUGAUGAUUUAGACCUGCUUCUCCCAACCCUCAGAGACCUGGCGCAGAGACACAUUGGAUACAAUGUCCAGAAGCGUUACUUCGCGCCAACUGGAGAUGCAUUUCUACACGCGGUAAGACUUGGCGUCGGCCCGUCGUCAUUUACCUCAGAUGUCCGCAAUGCAUGGGCCGAAUUAUUCAAGGUUGUAACCGACACUAUGGCUGAAGUAGUCCCUGAUGGACCCAUCACUGCAACACAGAAAAGCCUCGUGCAGACGUCUUGGAAGACAAUCGGUCAAGAUCCUACAAGACACGGAUCGGUACUCUUUGCCAAAUUGAUUACAGACAACCCAAAUGUGGGCAAACUAUUUCCCUUCGGGAGCAUGAACCUUAGCUAUGAUCAGCUACUCGCCAACAAGGAUCUCAGGGCCCACGGUAAACGUAUAAUGGAUACCGUAGGAGUGGCAGUAUCUGGAUUGGACGACUUGGAAUUGUUAAUCCCGAUACUGCAAGAUCUCGCCAAGCGUCACGUAGGAUACAAUGUGACCAAACAACAUUUCAAGCCUGUAGGUGAGUCUCUGAUACAUGCACUACGCGUGGGUCUGGGAAGCAGGUUCACAUCGGAGCUGGAGGCUGCAUGGUCAAUUGUCUUCUCAGUUAUAGCUGAGACCAUGGCACCAUUGCUACCAGCAGGUGGAUUGACCACCGAACAGAAGAACCUCAUCAAAGGUUCCUGGAGGAUAGUGGCACCGGAGAAAGCCAAGUGUGGCGCCAUCCUGUUUGCAAAGUUAGUUACUGAUCAUCCAAAUAUAGGAAGGCUCUUCCCGUUUGGUGGUCGGAACCAGUCAUACCAGAGUCUUCUCAUGGACGACAAGCUCAAGGCACAAGGUCUUCUGGUUAUGCAGACAAUAGGUGAUGCCAUCCGAGUGUUAGAUAACCCUGACAAACUACUUCCGGUUCUCAGUGAACUUGGGAAAAGGCACGUCUCAUAUGGAGUGACUAAAAGCGAUUUUGCUCCAAUAGGAACCGCUUUGAUGAACACUCUCAAGGAAACACUUGGGAAUUCCUUCAACGACAACACCAAGAAUGCUUGGCUCAUCUUCUGGCAGCUCAUUGAAGAAACCAUAUCAGAGCAGCUCGUCGGUGCCCCUGAUGAUGGCAUGAUAACAAGCAACCAAAAAGAAAUUGUGCAGAGAACGUGGAAGACGCUCGGAAAAGAUCCGGGAAGACACGGCGCCGUCAUGUUCGCAAGACUGGUCACAGAUCACCCUGAAGUAGGUCGUCUCUUCCCGUUUGGAGAUCGGGGUAUGACCUACCACCAGUUGCUCUGGGACGACUCAGUCAAAGCACAUGGUAAGAAGGUGAUGCAAACCAUCGGGCAUGUAGUAGAUGGCUUGAACAACCUGGAUCUCCUUGUACCAAUUCUCCAAGACCUCGCAAAGAGACACAUCGAGUACAAUGUGAACAAGAAACACUUGGAGGCUGUUGGUAAAGCACUGUUCUACGCAAUAGAGAAGGGGUUAGGAAAUGCAUUUGACAGUGAGACUAAAGGUGCCUGGAUGGCCGUAUUCACUCUUGUUGCAAACAUCAUGUCUGAAAUACUUCCCGAUUCUGAGGAUGAACAAGGACCCCUGACACGCGAACAAAGAAAACUGGUCCAAACCACUUGGAAGAAACUUGCCACGAACCACACUAAACACGGAGCCGUCAUGUUUGCAAAACUUGUAACGGACAAUCCUGAUGUAGGUCAUCUAUUCCCAUUCGGAAACAAGAAUCUUUCAUAUCAGCAGCUACUGAGGAAUCCACAAGCUCAAUCACACGGUAAACGUGUUAUGGAGACAGUUGGAACGGCUGUAGCAGGCUUGGACGAUCUGAAUCUCCUUGUUCCCAUUUUGAAAGAAUUGGCGACGAGACAUAUUGGCUACAAAGUCACAAAGCAACACUUCAAGUGUGUAGGAGCAGCCCUGAUUCAUGCCAUCAAAGAAGGACUAGGUUCAUCCUUCUCUCCAAGUAUUCAGAGUGCCUGGGUCGCUACCUUCGACCUCAUUACAAACACGAUGUCUGAAAUCCUCCCAGACAUUGCACCCCCGACAUCAGCGCAAAAGGAGAUUGUGAAACGAACAUGGCGAAAACUCGCUCCAAAUCUAGCAAGGCAUGGCGCCGUGAUGUUUGCCAAACUUGUAACGGACAAUCCUGAUGUAGGUCAUCUGUUCCCAUUCGGCAGCAAAAAUCUUUCAUAUCAAGAGCUGCUGAGGGAUCCACAAACUCUAGCACAUGGUAAACGUGUCAUGGAGACAGUUGGAACGGCUGUUGAUGGUUUAGACGAUUUCGACAUCCUUGUACCAAUUCUACGUGAGCUAGCAACUAGACAUAUCGGCUACAAUGUCACCAAACAACACUUUAGCUCUGUAGGGGCAGCCCUGAUUCAUGCCAUCAAAGAAGGACUAGGUAAAACCUUCUCUCCAGAUAUCCUGAGUGCCUGGAUGGCAGUCUUCCAGCUCAUCACAAACACAAUGUCUGAAAUUCUUCCCAGUGUUGGUCCUCCAACAUCAGCACAGAAAGAGCUCGUGAAACGAACAUGGCGAACUCUAGCACCGAGCCCUGCACAGCAUGGUUCCGUGAUGUUCGCUAAACUCAUAACGGACAAUCCUGAUGUAGGUCAUUUGUUCCCAUUUGGAAACAAGAAUCUUUCAUAUCAGCAGCUACUGAGAGAUCCACAAGCUCAAGCACAUGGUAAACGUGUCAUGGAGACAGUUGGAACGGCUGUAGAUGGUUUAGACGAUCUCGACAUCCUUGUACCUAUUCUACGUGAGCUGGCAACUAGACACAUUGGAUACAAUGUCGCCAAACAACACUUUAGUCUCGUAGGUGAAGCCCUGAUUCAUGCCAUUAAAGAAGGACUAGGUUCAUCCUUCUCUCCAGAUAUCCAGGGUGCCUGGAUGGCCGUCUUCCAACUCAUCACAAACACAAUGUCUGAAAUCCUUCCAAGUGCUGGUCCUCCGACAUCAGCGCAGAAGGAGAUUGUGAAAAGAACAUGGCGAAGUCUUGCUUCGAACCCAGCAAAACAUGGCGCCGUCAUGUUUGCGAAACUUGUAACGGAUAAUCCUGAUGUAGGUCAUCUAUUCCCAUUCGGGAGCAAGAAUCUAUCAUACCAACAGUUACUGAGAGAUCCACAAGCUCAAGCACACGGUAAACGUGUCAUGGAGACAGUUGGAACAGCUGUUGAUGGCUUAGACGAUCUCGACAUCCUUGUACCUAUUCUACGUGAGCUGGCAACUAGACACAUUGGAUACAAUGUCACCAAACAACACUUUAGUCUCGUAGGUGCAGCCCUGAUUCAUGCCAUUAAAGAAGGACUAGGUUCAUCCUUCUCUCCAGAUAUCCAGGGUGCCUGGAUGGCCGUCUUCCAGCUCAUCACAAACACAAUGUCUGAAAUCCUUCCAAGUGUUGGUCCUCCGACAUCAGCGCAAAAAGACAUCGUGAAAAGAACAUGGCGAAAACUGGCUUCGAACCCAGCACAGCACGGUGCCGUGAUGUUUGCAAAACUUGUAACGGACAAUCCAGAUGUAGGUCAUCUCUUCCCAUUCGGAAACAAGAAUCUUUCAUAUCAGCAGCUACUGGGAGAUCCACAAGCUCUAGCACAUGGUAAACGUGUCAUGGAGACAGUUGGAACGGCUGUAGAUGGUUUAGAUGAUCUAGACAUUCUCGUACCAAUUCUACGGGAACUAGCAACUAGACAUAUUGGCUACAAUGUUACCAAGAAACAUUUCAAGUCUGUCGGAGCAGCACUAAUUCAUGCCAUCAAAGAAGGUCUAGGUUCAAAGUUCUCUCCAGAUAUCCAGAGUGCCUGGGUGGCUGUCUUCCAGCUCAUCACAAACACAAUGUCUGAAAUCCUUCCAAGUGUUGGUCCUCCGACAUCAGCGCAGAAGGAGAUUGUGAAAAGAACAUGGCGAAGUCUUGCUUCGAACCCAGCAAAACAUGGCGCUGUCAUGUUUGCGAAACUUGUAACUGAUAAUCCUGAUGUAGGUCAUCUAUUCCCAUUCGGUAGCAAGAAUCUAUCAUACCAACAGCUACUGAGAGAUCCACAAGCUCUAGCACAUGGUAAACGUGUCAUGGAGACAGUUGGAACAGCUGUAGAUGGUUUAGAUGAUCUAGGCUUUCUCGUACCAAUUCUACGUGAGCUGGCAACACGGCACAUUGGCUACAAUGUCACCAAGAAACAUUUCAAGUCUGUAGGGGCAGCCCUGAUUCAUGCCAUCAAAGAAGGACUAGGUUCAUCCUUCUCUCCAGAUAUCCAGAGUGCCUGGAUGGCCGUCUUCCAACUCAUCACAAACACAAUGUCUGAAAUCCUACAAGACGCUGCUCCACCAACAUCAGAGCAGAAGGAGUUAGUUAAAAGAACAUGGCAAAUACUCGCUCCGAAUCCAGCAAAACACGGAGCAGUGAUGUUUGCAAAGCUACUCACCCGACAUCCUACCGUUGGCAAGCUCUUUCCAUUUGGUAAAGAGAACCUGUCUUACGCCCAGCUUUUGAAACACUCCAAGGUUCUGGCCCAUGGUAAGAAAGUGAUGGAGACCGUAGGUGUUGCAGUAGAUGGACUAAAUGACCUGGAUCUCUUGGUUCCAAUCUUGAGGGAUCUUGGAGGGAGACAUGUGGGGUACGGUGUUAACAAGGAACUUUUUGAGCCUGUUGGAGAAGUGCUUCUUGAAACUAUCAAAGAAGCACUAGGAAGUGAUUUCACUGAUGAAGUGAGACAGGCUUGGGUUGCCGUUUUCAAGAUUGUAUCCGAUACAAUGUCUGAGGCCUUGAGUAAAGGAUCUAUCACUACUGAAAACAAACGGCUGGUACAGGAGACUUGGAGAAAACUAGCAACUGAUCCAGCUAAACAUGGAGCAACAAUGUUUGCCAAACUUGUUACAGAUUAUCCUGCAGUAGGCCCUCUGCUACCAUUUGGUGAUGAAGGCCUUUCAUAUGAUCAACUCCUAGUUGAUCCAAGGGUCCGAGCCCAUGGCACCAGAGUCAUGCAGACGGUUGGAGGCGCAGUCGAUGGACUCAAUGAUAUAAGCUCGGUGGUGCUGAUGUUACAAGAACUUGCAACAAGACAUAUAGCCUAUGGCGUCACCAAGCAACACUUUUCGCCGGCAGUGUCAUCAUUGAUGUACGCCAUCCGACAGGGGCUUGGGCGCGACUACAACAGUGAUGUCGAAAAGGCUUGGCUUGCAGUUCUCCAGAUUGUUGUCGAUACGAUGUCCGCUGAACUACCGGAUGGUACCCUCGACGAUGCAAAGAAGGAUCUUGUUCGAGCGACCUGGACGAUCUUGUCUAGAAAUCCAGAACAACAUGGGGCUGUAAUGUUUGCGAAGCUUGUAACAGACAACCCUGCGAUUGGCAGGCUGUUUCCUUUUGGAAAGAAGAAUCUUUCUUAUGACCAACUUCUUGCCGACUCCCAGGCGAAAUCACAUGGGAGGAAAGUGAUGGAGACUGUGGGUCAUGCUGUGUCGGGUUUGGAUGAUCUUGAUCUUUUGGUUCCAGUCCUAGAGGAAUUGGCACAGAGACACCAUCAGUAUGGCGUAACCAAGAAGUACUUCAAACCUGUUGGAAAAGCAUUAAUGCACGCCAUCGAGGAGGGAUUGGGUCAGCAAUUUUCUUCAGAAGUUGGAGAAGCCUGGAGGGCUGUAUUCACAGUGAUCACCAAUACCAUGUCAAGAAUCUUGCCAGACCAUAUCAUACUAACAGAUGAGACCAAAAGGCUUGUGAAAGAAUCAUGGAGGAUUCUAUCUACAGAUCCCGGUAAACACGGUGCUGUCAUGUUUGCAAGACUAACAACACAAAAUCCAAUCGUUGGUCGAUUGUUUCCAUACGGAGAUCAAAACUUGAGCUAUAGUCAGCUGCUGUCCAACAAGAAAGUCCGAGCUCAUGGGACGAAGGUAAUGGAAACCAUCGGCCUCGCCGUAGAAAAUCUUGACAACGUAGACGAUCUUGCAACAGUCUUGAAGGAACUAGCACUCAGACAUAUUCAGUACAACGUCACCAAAAUGCAUUUUGAGCCGGCCGGACAAGCUUUGAUGUACGCCAUUAAAGAAGGUCUCGGAAGUUCGUUCACCAGUAAAGUGAAAGAUGCUUGGUCGGUGGUCUUCCAACUCAUUUCUGACAUGAUGUCAGAAGUUCUUCCUGAAGGACCCAUAUCGUUUGACCAUAUUGAAGUCCUGAAACGAACAUGGAAGGUGUUAGGUCAGAAUCCUGAACAACACGGCACUGUCGUCUUUGCCAAGCUAGCAUCAGAUCACUCUCUGGUCAGCUCCCUCUUUCCAUUUGGAGGGAAAGGCCUAACCUAUGAGCAACUCCUGGAAAACGAUGAUGUCAGGAAACAUGGCCGUCAGUUCAUGGCUACGGUUGGCAGUGCCAUCGAUAAUCUUGAGAAUCAUGAGAUUCUCAUUCCGCUGUUGGACGAACUUGCUAAGAGGCAUAAUGGAUUAGGUGUCACAAGGCAACAUCUACCGUAUGCGGGAGAAGCGCUGUUAUUCGCUAUCAGCGAUGCACUUGGCCAUGGUUUCACGGAAGAAGUUCGUCAGGCUUGGGAGGUCCUUUUCCAGUUGAUAGUGGAUGUCAUGUCUUUAAAGCUACUAGAUGGAAGAAAGACAACGGGCACAGAGAUGAUGAAAAGUAAACAGCGAGAACUUGUUAGGAGUACAUGGGAGUUAAUGGCUUCUGCUCCUGACAAGCAUGGUGCGGUCAUGUUCGCAAAAUUGGUCAGCGACAAUCCUAAAGCUGGAAAGCUCUUCUCUUUUGGCAAGAAGAAGUAUCCCUACAACAAGCUCUUAAAUGAAAAUGAAGUGAUCAGUCAUGGUGAGAGAUUUAUGAGCACCAUGGGUCAAGUGGUUGGUGGCCUAGAGGAUCCAGAGUUCUUGGUUCCGAUGCUUCAUCAGCUCGCAACAAGACACUCAGGCUACGGGGUCACGAAAGACCUUUUUGUGGCUGCCAAGAGUGCCCUGAUGUUCACGCUGAAGCAAGGCCUUGGGAAGUCAGUCUUUAGCAGUGAGGUCCAGGAUGCAUGGACUGCAGCAUAUCAGUACAUUGAAGACACCAUGUUUGAGAAGCUUUAGAACAAACAUCUUAAUUCAUUGGGAGCUACAACCAGGUAGCAAAUACUACAUCAGAGAGUAAAAAGGAAAACAAUAUGUCAUAUCCUGAAGAAAUUUACAGUAACUGAAGAAGUUUCAAACCGCUUUCCAAUUUACAGGAAAUAAUAACUAUGACAUGGAGAUCAGUGUCCAUCAUGCAAACAAUUUUUAGUUGCUUUUUAUUUUAAUGAGAAGAAUCUCCAAAAACAAAAAUGAACAUCUGUAGAGAACAAACCAGCUGCUGGGAAGUGAAAGAAAUUCAUCAAAGCAGCAACAUAUUUGAUGUAGGUAUGCAUAUUUUCAAUAUUGCUAGUUUCUUCCACAUUUUCACCAUUUUUCUUUACUUGAUUUAAUGUGCAUCGUUCAGUAAACAAGUAGGCACAUUAUGUGAACAUAAAAAUAACAUGAAGCUAAGUUGGCCAAUUUGUGUUCAUUUAUUGAAGUGCCAGUGAGAUUAACUAGCGUUAUAAAAUAGGUGUAUUAUUUCAAGCAUCGCGAUUGGCCAAUACGCGUCACAUGACAUCCAACUUUUUUUGUGCGUGCACGGCAGUGCAAAAGGUGCGCAACGAAAAUUGACAUUGCAUGCUCAAGCAGACAGUGCGGUAGAAGUCCAACAAAAGUGUACUUUAACUUUUUAAGAAUGUGUUUCUGUGUUGCUAUUUUAUAAAACAAAUAAUGCACUUGCUCUGUCGUGUGUAAAAGUAAAUGCAGAGAAAGCUUGGUUUCUUCAGAUGGUGCACACUGGGCACUCGCCGCCAGCGGCUCAUGCACAGUGCGGCACCUAUCUAAAGAAACGUCGCGUGCUCUGCAUUUUCACUUACGCACUCGGCUGCAUGCAUUAUUUGUAUAUUAUUAAAUGUCACCUCAAAUAGUAAACCUCCCCCUUCUGUCUCUCUCUCUCCCUGUUCCUUUCUUUCUUUCUCUGAUUGACCAUUACUCCUCCUUAAGGUUAAUCACAUCCUGAUUACAUAUUGUACAUAAACAUUAUAUUAAAUUAGAGAUGAAUAGAUUUUAUAUAUGGGAGAAAAUUUUGGCUGUUGAUAAUAGUGCGCCUUGGAAUGGAUUUUUAGCUAGACAGAUGACACUUCAUAUCUAUAUAAAUUCCUUAUUUUUAUCAUCAUUAAUAUUGUUGUGUACAUGCUCUGACAUUCAUGGAGUACAAAGAAGUAUUUUUUAUUGUGUAGUUCAGUUAAAUAUCAUGUCAUGAUAUAUGUCAAUGUGUGUAUAUUGAAAAGAAGUGUACUUUUUCUUAUAGCACCUAUUAUUUAAACAGUUCCGUAUUCUCGUAUUAUUUUGUUCUUUAGUUGAUCAGUAAUAUUAAUUAAUAUGGGCCAAAGUAUUUCCACUCUAUGAAUACAAUGUAAAACACAGAAAGCAUAUCUUUGACAUGUCUGUGUUUAUCUUCAUGUUUGUAAAUAGAAAUUUAAGAAAUAUUUUACGUGCAAAAAAAAAUAGAUAUUAGCCUAUACAUAGAUGCAUAUUUGUAUUAUAUACAACUCGGGAGUCGAAUGGUAAUCUACUUUAUUUCUUUCUUUUGGUAUUGUGGUCAUUGUUCUUGCCUUUUUAUAUACUUGUCUUUGCUGCCUAUAAGUUUAUAUUUUACUUUCAUUCUACAGGUAAAGGUUAUAUAUAUGAUUACAUCAUAGAUCUCUCUAGUUUUCUAAUUUUACACUUGUUAACUAUCUAAAAAAGAAAAGGGUAUUUCUUGUAAAUAUGAUAAAUAUUAGCAUGGUUAUACAUGUAUGUAUUUUAAGAAUUUCCAGGACAUGUAUCUCAAUAGUUUUUAUUGUAGGAAGAUGAGUUAUUUCCAAAUAUCAUAGUAAACAUUGAGAAAACUCCAAUAAUUUCAGCUAUUCCAGGGAUAGAUGAAGCUGUGUUAUAUGAAAGUAAAGCAUGAAAUAUUGCAUAAUCAUUAUGUCAAAAUAAGAAAUAGAAAAUGCUCACUCAAAUAAAAAAUUCCCAGAACUAACAAGGCAUUCAUUCUCAAUCAUUUGAACAUGAUUUACUUCACUCCUGUAAUCGUACGUACACUCUUAAAUAAAAUGGUCCAGGUCACACCUUUUUUCCUCUCUCAAAGGCUACUUUAAUGAGUUCUAGUACUUUUUAAAUGAAAUAUUCACAAAAACAAGCUAGGCAAGAUUGUAAAUAUUCUCAAACAAAGUUUGAAUGAUAUUUCAAACUAUUUAACUGCAAUUGAUACAUUGUAAAUGACUAAAUGUUAAUAAACAUAAGCCUUAGAAGACGAUCCAUUUUCAAUACUUUAGCAAUAAUCCUUUGAAAUCUAGGAAUGCAUAGUCAUGUACGUUUUUAGCAUAUAUACUUGAAACAAUAUAACAAUUUAAUUUGAUUCUGACCAAAUUGAAAUUAUCGAACCUGAUGAGGGAAAAAAAAUUGCUAUUGGAUGUGCCAAACAAUUGUCAUAUUCAUUAGAAUGAAUGUACAGUAAGGAGUAUGUUACAAAUUAAACUUUAUUUUUCAAUUCAUAUUUCUAGUUUUCUGUAUAUUUGGUCCAUGAGACAUAUUUUAUUCAUUGCCAUUAUCCGAUUUAAAAAGAAGCUAUACUGAAAUAUUUUUAUUUCUGUUUGAUGUGCCAUUAACAAUCAGAUCUUGAACCCAUCAUAAACAAAUAUUAGAAAAAAUAUGAAUUAAAAACUAGAUUCCUUCUAUUCUAUACAUGCAAAAAUGAAAUAUAAUACUGCUUGCUCUAAUAAAUACAACUCUCAUUUUUAGCCUUGAUUUAAAGAAGCAUUAAAUCAAUAUCCAUAUUUGUUGAGCUUUUAAAUCUUAACUGAUAUUUUCACAAGAAAAUGUAAUUUCUUUUAUAAUUAAACAACUGGAAUGGUUACUUGAUAUUAUAUUACAUACACUGUACACUAGUAUUAUAAUGACUUAUUGAGUUAAAAAAAGGCUAAUAAUAUUUUUUUGUAAACUUGCUUUGUUCAUACAACAAGUUAAGCAAGAUUAUAAAGAAAAGUUAAUGUCUAAUAAUGUACAUUUUAUGUAUCUGAUAAAUAUAAAUUGUACAAUUCGACCAUUUACAAAUAUGAAGGCAAACUGGCACAGAUCAAUGUGAGAAACAUUAUUACAUUAUAAAAAAAUAUAAAUUUUCUACAAAAUGUAUUAUGUUGUACAGCCAACAAUUACCUCAUCUUAAGAAAUGAAAUCCUAUAGCUUCAUGAACUUAACAUCCUUACAUUUAAUGGUUGUAGAAAAUUAGAUACUAUAUAUUUUUGGCUAUUGUAAGGUUGAAUUCAGAUUUUAUAUUGUAAACUUUUAACUGAUAUAUUGAAGUAUUUUGAAUGGUGUAAACUACACAUUGGUAAUUGCAAUGUACUCUUAUACAUGAAAUUAGUUGGAAAUAAAUUAUUGUGGUGAAAAGGGU